AGUCUCUUGAACCGACGGCUUACAGUUAGCGGGGUGAUCAUCAAAAUCAACUCUUUCUGCUUCCGAGAACUCGAACCUCGAACUUGGGACUUUACAGAUCUACAACUCGGGGACAUAAUCAUAGCCUAUUAUCUAGUCUAGCUUUUGUUUGAUCAGAAGCAAAUUUUGGAAAUCAUGGGUGCGAUAGAAGAAGUGAAAGGUUGGCUUGGAAGUAGUGAAAGCAGCAAUACCAAAAGUUCGCAGCAUGCUACUGGAGAACGAGUAAACGACGUCGAAGCGAUGCGGUCGUUUGUGCACACUGAUCCAGCGGUCGACUACGUCUUUGACGGAUCAGACGAAUCCACAAAGCUAUGCAAGAGGCGAUCCGACAGACUAGAUUGUAUAACGCUUGGCUUGCCGACCGCAGAAGUGCUGGCUCAAAUGCAGAAGUUUGAUUUUUACUGCGCUCUGGCUCAGAACGUGAACAGCACCGAGAUCACUUGCAAGAAAAUCAGUUGAUCCGUUCUUCUUUAUUCUUCUACCUUGUGCAAUAUAUAUAUUAUACAGUUCACUACCAUCAACUCACUCACCCUGUCAUCAUAACGUACAAAUCCCAAAUCAAAGAGAGAGCAGCGGAUCUAAUAGCCCAGAGCCUGCAGUUGUGCCUCUGCAGUCUUCACUUUUAACGCGUCGCGCUCCGCCUCUCUCGUGAGUCUAUCCCACGUACUGAUAGCCUGUCGCUUCUUCCCUUGGUUCGCCUUAUCCUCCUCGGCGAUCCUUGCGUAUUCUUUCUUCAACCGCAGAAUCUCCUUGUCGAUCUCAGGGCAUAUCGAAGGCAG